AUGAAAGAACACCUUACAGCUCGAGUCAAAAUCUCAUCAUUGCCAUGUGAUAUUUCAAUAUUUCUAAAUAUGAAUUAUGCAUUGCCUUCUGAAGAAACAUUUGAGCAGCAGACUGAUGAUGCUUCUCUAAGUGAUGAAGAAUUCUCUAGUCAUGUCGGGUAUUUUCAAGAAACAUGCGAGACAACUUCAAUUGAUAGUAUUGAAUCUCACACUCGGAGAGAAAGAAAGCUUUCUACCCAUAAGGAGAAGAAAAGUCCACUUUUUAAAAAACAUGGAUCAAUUCUUAGGCAUGUAACACUUCGAGGAGUAUCUGCCCAGCUUCAGUCUGCAGCAGAGCGGGUCAAUGCUGGGAAGCCAACUUCUAUGGCUGUGUCAUCAUUUAUAGCUGUUGGAACUUUUCAUGGCAUCACUUUAAUUUUUGAUCCACAACAAGUUUUAAAAUGGUGCUUAGGAUCUACAGACUUUGGUGAAAAAUAUGGCUCUGUUUCAGCACUAGCUUUCAAUACAGACUGUAGUCGUUUGCUUGCAGGUUAUAGCAGAGGAGAGAUCACUAUGUGGGAUUUGCAUAAAGGAAAGCUGAUAAGGACCAUAUCUGAUGCUCAUCCUAUGCAGAAUGCUGUUUUACACAUUAAGUUUACUGAUGAUCCAACACUUGCCUUAUGCAGUGAUAGUGGUGGCUCAGUAUUUGAAUUGAACUUUAAACGUGUUAUGGGAACUAGAACAUGUGAAACUCGAUGCAUUUUUUCUGGCAGUCGUGGUGAAGUAUGUGCUGUUGAACCUCUCAGAAUGACACCUCAUUUUCGAAACCAUCCCAGUCAAGAAGUAUGCCUUGUUGCUCUUGGAACUGUUACAAAAGUUAUUGCUGUGACUGUAAGACCAUCUCUUCGUGUUUGGUUUACUCAUGCCUUACGAGCAGAUCCUGAUACUUUGCCAGUUUUGAGUUGGCAGUUUGUUGUUAUACAAGUUUCUUCAACAACUAGAAUAAUUGAUCCUGUCUUAGCAUUUGGUCGACAAAGUACAAUAUUUUUCUUUCAGGUCAACUUUGCUUCUGCAGAAAAAAUAAACUUCAUUCCACUACAGAAAAUUGAACUGCAGUAUGUCUUUCAAAAUUUUGCGUGGUUAAAUUCUAGAACAUUGGUCAUACUUGAUAUACUGGAGCAUCUUCAUGUUGUUGAUGUUAAAUCUGAAGAAGAACUGGAAGUAUUAGAUUUAGUUGAUGUUCAGCUGGUCUAUGGUACUUCCCACUUCAAAGGACUUGCUACUGGUGGUAAUGUCAGUAAAGCUAUGGCUGUAGCUGGAGAAAGAGCUUGUUAUUAUUCAAUGGCAGCAUUUGGAAGUCAGCUGCUGCUUCUUGGAAUUAAAAGUAUUCAUGUUAUGACCAUGAGAACAUGGAAUGAGAGGAUUGAUUUUUUAGUCAAACAAAAGAUGUUCUCUGAAGCUUUGACUCUUGCUUUAUCAUUCUAUGAAGAAAAUGCCAAAGCUGUAUCAGGCUUAAUUGGAAAGAAAUCACAAAGGCGAGAGCUUGUUGCCACAAAAAUUAUUGAAAUACUUAGUAUAUAUGUUGACCAAAUAAUGACACAACUUUGUCCAGAAAGAGGAAGAAUAGAAUUAUUAAUGCAUCAUUAUCAAGAAAAAGUGCCAGUUUGUGUUGAUUAUUGUAUAGCAGUAGAAAGGAGGGAUUUCCUUUUUGGGAAGAUGUAUGAAAGCUUUCAGGCUGAUCCAUUGGCUCUUGGAGUAUUUUUAGAAAGUCUAGAACCAUAUAUUUUAGAUGGACGUCUAAAAUCAAUGACUCCUCAAAUUGUCAAAGAAUUUGUUGAUCACUUUUCUGAGAAAAAAAAGUAUAAUGCUUUAGAAGCUUGUAUUGUACGUUUAGAUAUUGCAAGUCUGGAUAUUCAUCAGGUUAUGACUUUAUGCUGGAAUGAAGGACUAUAUGAUGCAAUUAUUUAUAUAUAUAAUCAUGGAAUGAUAGAUUAUGUCACACCAUUUGAGGAUUUAAUGGUUAUUCUUCAGAAAGCUGUGAAAAGAGGAAAGCAACUUACUGAUGAUCAAAUUAAGCUAGGAAAUAAAUUACUGGUAUAUAUCAGUUGUUGUUUGGCAGGAAGAGCAUAUCCAUGGGGGGAUAUUCCUCAAGAAUUGGCAUCUGAUGUAAAAUUUAAAGUAUUUCACUGUGUCACGAAUUUGCAUGGAAAAAAUAUGGAAGAUACUGAAAUAUAUCCAUAUUUGAAAACUCUACUUCAUUUUGAUACAAGAGAAUUUUUAAAUGUUUUAGCAUUGGCUUUUGAGGAACCGGAAUUUUGCACUGAAGUUGGACUAGCCCAGAAACAAAGAGUGGUUGAUAUUCUUCUCAAAAUAAUGGUUCAGAAUGAAGGAUUUUUGCCUACUGAAAUUGGAGCAUUGUUUACUUUCCUUGCUAGACAAAUGGCAAAGCAAGAAAACAGCAUUAUGGUCAAUCGACUUCUCUUUGAGCAAGUUUUAGAACACUUAACAAACCCAGGUGAUGAGACUCGCUUAGAAGAAAGACAGCAAGCUUUAAUGGAACUGUUACAUGCUGGUGGUCUAGCACAAGUAAAUGAAGAAAGAGUGCUUGCACUUGCAGAAAGAGCAAAAUUCUAUCGUGUAUGUGAACAUCUUUAUGAAAAACAUCAGCAGUAUGACAAAAUUCUUGAGUGUUAUCUUCAAGAUCCAUCAAGGAAGUUACAAGUUUUCUACUUCAUUGAAAAAAUACUUAAUCAUCCAAAACGUACUGCAGAAGAAAAAAAAGCUCUUGAAACAAGAAUUAUUCAAAGUAUUGAGCAACUUGUAGAUAUUGACAACAGACGAACAUCUCAAAUUCUGCUGGAGUUUUUCCCUAAUCAGUUGUUAAGUGUGGUAACUGCAUUAAAAGAUUCUCCUGAAAUUUUGUAUCAGUUUCUUCAAGGCUUGUUUAGCAAUAAAGAUCUUGGUUCUAUAUCGCCAUUGUCUAAUAAAGAUACUCCUAUUGUUGAUCCUCUUGUAGUUGAAACAUACAUUGAUUUAAUGUGCCAGUAUGAUUUAAAUCAAGUUCAUAAUUAUUUGCGCCGAGCAGAUGGUUACCGAUUAGAAGAAACUCUUGAAAUUUGUAGAAAACAUAAUGCAAUGGAAGCUACUGCUUUUCUUCUUGAAAGAGCAGGUGACAUUCAUGGAGCAUUUAAUAUAAUGUUAGAAGGUUUGCAGUGCAAAAUCAAAGAAGUUUCACAUGAGUUAUUAACGUCAUCUACUGCAUUGAACUUGGAAUUUUCUGCUUCAUGGAAUGAACUUCAAAGUCGUGUUUUAGUCAUAAUUCAGUUGUGCCAAAGAAAUUCAAAUAAAAUGAAUCAGGAUGAGAGAGAGCUACUCUGGUUUCCACUAUUAGAAUCAAUGAUGGCUCCUCAAAGGCAGCUAAGAGGCAGAGUCAAUGCUGAAUAUUUAAAUGCAUUUAAGGAACUGACAAGGCAUUUACUAAACAAUAUGAUGGGCUAUAUUUCUCUACCUGCUAUUCUUCAGCGUGUAGUUCAGGAUCCUGCAUAUAAUACAGGAAAAUUUGGUGAAAUUAGAGAGCUUAUUAUGGGAAUGUUUGAAACCUACAAUUAUGAGAAAACCCUCCUUUCAACCACAACCAAACUUUUAAAUGAUGAUUUACAUAACCAACUGAGAAAUCUCUGCAAAACAGCAAAUCAAGUUUUCACAUGCCAUGAUGAUGUCUGUCUAUUUUGCAGAAAUCCUUUAGGAGAUGAAGAAAAUGUUGAAAUCAUAGUUUUCAGGUGUGGUCAUGUUUACCAUACAAGCUGUUUAGGAGGAAUAAAGAAAGGAAAUGAAGAGCCAUUAACAUAUUUCUGCCUAAAAUGUGAAAGGCAUCAACGGUAUGAAAUCAAUGUUAAGAACCCAAGAAUACGCUUAAGAAAACCUGUGAUGGUACCAAAUUUUAAAACCAGGAGUAAAACUUCAUCAUUCAGAGAGACUCGUUUGAAUGCUCAGCAGUUACAGGCUCUUGAAAUUGUAAGAAAAUGUCAGAAGUCCUCAAGAUUAUCACUCAUUGAAGAACUAGCAUAUGAUGAUAGCAAACGAACACAGCAAAGGAGUUUUGAAAGUAGGAAAAGUGAUGUUGGCUUAAAACUUAAUUUAUCUCCAGCAUGUAAGGAUGACUUUGUUUCUGAGUUUUGAGAACUUUAUUCAUAUACAUAUAAAGAGAGAAAAAUUGUAAUUUAUAUAUCUAAAUGCAAAAUAUUUGUGUAUAAACAUUCCACAAGGGAUAAAGUUUUAUUUAGGUUAAUUGGUGAUGAAUUCAGUCAGUAUUGCUUUUUGAACUGUGACUGCAAAAUUAUAAAAUAAAUUUUUAACAAAAUGAAAUAUGUAUAUAAUAUAUAUGGAUAUACUUGUUCUCCAGUUCAUUGUAAUAAAUUAUUUAUAAAUAAUGA